AUGAGCACGUCUUGUUUUGGAACUGACGGCACUGACAUUGGUUUUCAUUUGUUUUGUUGUGAUUCAGACAAUAGGAUUUAGACAAUAGGAUUCAUGGCGUAUUCAGAGGAAGAAAGCGUUAUGGAUCGUGUUCUCUUCAUAAUCAAAGACGAUCUGCCGAAGAAUGUGUUGGGCAAAAUUUGGCAACCGUUAAGCAAAAUUAAAAACGUCAGGCAUAUACAGGACAUGACGGCUUUCUUUCUGAUUGAGUUCAUUACAAAAGUUGAUUGUGAUGCUGCAAGGGCGAAAGGUUUUGAAUAUGUUGACAACAAUCAAACCAUCGCAGGUGAAUUCGUCAAUCAAGGAGUCAUCGCGGCAUAUAUGAAAGGAAUCUGCAAGGAUGGAAUCGGUGUUGGACGUUAAAUUACGCUGUCAUUUCUUUUUUAGUUUAAAAAAAUUUAAAUUCAAUUCCGUAUCGAAAGUUUUUGAAAGAAAUUAUAAAAAUUUGAUUGAAUGUUUUGCAAUCUUUCACCCAACGAAAUAGUUUGAAAAAGUAGCUAAACCUAAUUUUACCUCAACAACUUUUUUUCUGUUAUCUUCUGUUACGCUUCGUAAUCUGUCCCACUCUCAAUCU